CGUAUUAUUGUGGUGAUGUUAGGAAUGAUGAUGAAUGUUUCCUUGAAAACAAGUGAUGCAUUGAAAUCCAUGGCACAAGAAAUUAUCAAAGCGAGUGUAGAGUAUGUGACAAAUUAUGAUGACAAUAUUAAACAGAGAAGUUAUGGUUUGAUAAGUAGACUUAUAUCAUAUAGUGAAGAAUGUAUAAACAUUGCUUGUCAACACUUUCUACCAAUGCAUAUUAUGCAUCUAUUACCUGAUGGUGAGGAGACAACACUAAUUCAUGCUGUUAAAAUUCUUGCUGUUGUUACAAGAUACAAUGAGGGAGCGAGGAAAACAGUUGUGGAGUGUGAUCCAGAACUGAAAGUUUUGAGAGCAUCAUUGGGCGAGUGUGAAGACAUAGUUGUUGCAGACAGUGCACUAUGUAUUGCCAAUAUGUGUCAGGACCGUGAGAUCUGUGUUAGUUUGGUGGAUACUAAUAUCAUACAGGAAUUAUUGGCCAGAACAGACUCAUUGAAUUCUGCCAUCAAACAGAACUGCGCCAUUGCUGUAGCUAAGCUGGUAUCAAAUGAUGUAAGACAUAUGAAGAAACUGAAAGAACACAAUGGGUUUGAUAUUCUACAUUCAUGUGUAAAACAUCUCAAGUCUUAACCUUCAGUGUAAUAGUAAAUUAGCCAGAUUGCACUAAAGGGAUGAGCUCUGUUCGCGUACCUUGGUGAAGAUAUGGUACAUACUCAAUGAAGUAGACCAACACUGCUAGUCUAGCUUAUCAUUACAUAACAGGACUUUGUGAAAACCUUUAUUGCAUUCUGUAAUUGCUUGAGUACUGUAAAAUACUUCAUUUAAGCUGGAAUUAAUUUUCGUUGAAAAGACAUUUUGGAUGUUUUGUAUGGAACUUAUUUUGACAAAUUGAAUGUGAAAUAUAGAAAAAAGAUAUAUUCGAUGGAUUUUAUUUUCACUGAAUCAUUCCUUCAGCGAAAAUAGUGAAAAUUAAUUUCAAGUGAAAAUAAUGUAUUUUACAGUAUACUAAAAACCUGGUUUAACACAUUGCCAGUUAUCAUUAAAUGAUAUCAGCUGGCAAUGUAUUAAUUAAGGGAUGGUUGUUAUGUUAGAUUGUUCAUUUAUGGUUAUUUGUACUUAAUACAGUAUAUCUACACACUAGUAUUAUUGAU